AUGUCCUUCGCAAAAAUUCAUAGACUAUUAGCUGCUUCGCCGACAGGGUUCCGAACAGCAGUUAGUGCAACAUAUAUUCAAUGUACCAAAAGAACACAAAUUAUUCGACAGAGUUCGUCACAACCUCGAUUUAACAACCAGGAAAUUAAGUCCAAUGAUGCCCUUGAUCCUCAUUCAAAGAUUAUGCAAAUUCUUAGAGAAUCAUCAGCCAUGA